AUGGCUACUAAAGUCUCCCAUUUUUAUGUAUCCAUUCUCCUCCUUGUUUUGGUGCACUCCUUCAUAGCUCAAUCUAGGACUUUGAAGUCGUCCAAUACUUUGGAAUUCCUUCAAAACUUGGAGGGAUCCCAGAAGGGACAAAAUGUUAAAGGGCUGAAGGAGCUCAAACACCACCUCAAAAAGCUAGGAUACUAUCCAAAGGAUCUUCAACAUGAUACCGAUCUUAGCGAUGAUUUUGAUGAGCUUUUCGAAUCUGCGAUCAAAACAUACCAAAAGAAUUAUCGUCUUAAGGUUACUGGGAGUCUUGAUUCUGAUACCAUAAAAGAAAUUAUGAUUCCGCGAUGUGGAGUUCCUGAUCCCAUCAACCAUGAUCCAUCAAAACGAACAGGCAGAACAGAACAUGGCAACAAGUCUAGCAAAUUCCACGCGGUUUCUCAUUACAGUUUCUUCGGUGGAACGCCGAAAUGGCCAGCUUCCAAAUUUCAUCUCACUUACACUUUCAGCUCCAGUGUCCAAGUUACAAUUGACAUGCAGGAACUGAGGUCUGCAUGCUCUCGAGCAUUCCAAAAGUGGGCAGACGUUACCCAGUUUACAUUCCAGGAAGUUUCUGAAGGUUCCCCGGCAGAUAUCGUAAUCGGAUUUCAAAGAGGCGAUCAUGGUGAUGGGGACCCUUUUGAUGGUCCUGGAAAUAUACUAGCUCAUGCCUUUUCACCAACAGAUGGGAGGUUGCAUUAUGAUGCUGAUGAGAAAUGGAGUACUAACCCAAGCACAGAUGAAUCAGACCUGGAAUCAGUAGCUGUGCAUGAAAUCGGGCAUCUUCUCGGACUUGGCCAUAGUAUGGAUCAAAACUCCAUUAUGUUUGCAGAAAUUCCAGCAGGAGCUAUCAAAAGGGAUCUCAACCAGGAUGAUAUUGAUGGUAUACGUACUCUGUACUCUAAUUAA